UAUAGGUUUUGGCAGCUAGAGAAAUUUCUGUGGCAAUAUCACUUUCAGUUCUUGUUACAGAAAUUGCAGCAGAGAGACAAAUGAUUCUUCAAAAUUGAACAGAAAAAUGUUGAAAUGCACAAAGUUUCAAUGGCAGCAGCCAAGAAAUGGGUUGAUUUUAUCUUCUGCAUUCAACCUUCAUUGUGGUUUAUCCCCUAAUGCUCUCAAGGAAACAUCGAAAUCCAAUUUGCCUAAGGGGGAGCAUGUGUCCAGAUUUCUUAAGAGGAAAUGGGCAUUGAGAAGCCCAGAUACCAAAAUAAACCAUAUAACGAUAUCAAAAGAUGAUGUUCAACAGGGAGGUGAAUAUCUUGGGAAUGUCUCCUUUCUGAAUAAUCCACAACCGUCUUUGGGUGAUCACAUGACGAGAAACAACCGACAGCAACCUUCAUUUUAUGUUGUAAGAGAUGAUUUGUUGCAUCCUUUGGUGAAUGGUAAUAAGGCGAGGAAACUGGAUGCACUACUCCCUCUCUUGGAAGAUAGUGCUGUCACAGAUGUUGUCACAUGUGGAGGGUGCCAAAGUGCGCAUGCUGCAGCUGUUGCUGUGUCAUGUGCUGAAAGGGGAUUGAAGUCACAUUUACUUCUCCGAGGAGAACAACCAUCAACUCUGACGGGUUACAAUCUAAUUUCAACAUUAUAUGGAAAUGUUAGUUAUGUUCCGAGAUCUCUAUAUGCUAGGAGGGAGGAGAUGCUCUUAAAGCAUGCACAUAUCGUCGCAGGAAAUGACGGCUUAGUUUUCUCACUUUCUGAUUUAGAGGCUUCUUUAUUCUCUCAUGGAUGCGGUGAACACUCCUCGCACGUUGAUUCUCUUACAAAAAGGAGUAAGAAGAUAGCUAUUAUAAACGAAGGGGCUGGAGAUGCUGCUGCAUUGCUAGGUGUUGUGCGCCUUGUUGAGUACUUGUCUCGGGAUCAUCUAUUUGGGAAAGAUCAGCAGUUAAAAAUUAUUAUAGAUGCUGGAACAGGAACAACCGCUGUUGGUCUUGGAAUUGGAGCCGUGUGCUUAGGGCUCCCAUGGGACGUCACUGCUGUUAUGCUAGCUGACACUAUUGAUGGAUACCGGAAAAAGGAGGAAAGUUUAAUUUCUGAAUUCCGUAGAUGCUUUACUCUUCAUCUCGACGAGCAAAUGCUAACCGGAUUGGAACCUGGACUUGUGCACUGGGUUGAACGUAGCUCUCCGAGAAAAUUUGGCAAUAUACUGAAGGGGGAAGUCGAAAUAUGUCGAAAGAUUGCUCAAGAAACGGGUAUUCUUCUCGAUCCGGUUUACACUUUGGCUGCUUGGGAACUGGCAACUCAACUUGGUCAGGAGAAAUGUGCAAAAGUGGUAAUGCUUCACACAGGAGGUACACUCGGUAUGUUUGGUCUAGCUCAGCGUUACAAGUCUUACUUCGAAAUAUGCUGAACGAUGAAAUAUUGCAGCUAAUGCGAGUAACUUUUAUGUUAUGAUAUUAUCGUAAGGAAUGAGACUUGAAUCCCACAUCGGUUAAAUGAGGAGCUGAUGUGGGGCUUAUAUAACCUUGGUGUGAUGUCCCGCCACUUUGCCAGUUAAAUUUUGCAUCCGGAUGCACGGAGCUUUAGUGAGACUCUAAGUCCGUGACACUUGGUCUCUCAUUUCUCGAUUAUUCGUUCUCCAACAGUUGCAAACUAGUCUUGACUAGUAAGUUUAAGUUAUGAUAUUAUUGUAAAGAAUGAAACUUGAAUCCCACAUCGGUUAAAUGAGGAGCUGAUGUGGGGCUUAUAUAGCCUUGGUGUGAUAACCCUGACACUUCGUCAGUCAAAUUUUGCAUGUGGAUGCACGGAGCUUUAGUGAGACUCUAAGUCGGUGACACUUGGUCUCUCCUUCCUCGAUUAUUCGUUCUCCAAUAGUUGCAAACUAAACUUUUAAGUUAUGAUAUUAUUGUAAAGAAUGAGACUUGAAUCCCA